AUGAGUACACUUGUUUUAACUCCUUCUCAAUCAACUAAUUUAAUUCAUCAUCAUCCACGACAACAAAAUCCUACGACAUCAACAAAUAAAACAAAUUCUUCUGUUGUCGACCCACUCCGUGCUCGAUAUUUAAUCGCACACAAACUAGCCUCAGGUGGUUUUGGUGAUGUUUAUGCUGGUGUACGAAAAAAAGAUGGUAUGCCAGUUGCUUUAAAAGUUAUUUCAAAAAGACGCAUACGUGAAAUAAAUACACCUGAUGGAAAAUUACCACUUGAAGUUGUUUUAUUACGUCGUGUAGCUAAAGUUAAAAAUGUUAUACAUAUACUUGAUUAUUUUAUUCAUAAUGAUCAACUUGUUAUUGUACUUGAACGACCUGAACAUUGUUGUGAUUUAUAUGAUUUUAUAUCUGAACGUCCAAAUGGUCUUGAUGAACGUUUAGCACGAGAUUUUUUUAAACAAAUUAUACAAAUUCUUAUUGAUAUUCAUCAAUGUGGAGUUCUUCAUCGAGAUAUAAAAGAUGAAAAUUUUCUUGUUGAUAUGCAUACUGGACAAUUAUAUUUAAUUGAUUUUGGUUCAGGUGCAUUAUUACAUGAUGGUAUUUAUACAGAUUUUGAAGGUACAUCAUGUUAUGCUGCACCCGAAUGGGUUACAUGUCGACGAUAUUUUGGUUUACCACAAACUGUUUGGUCAUUAGGAAUACUUUUAUAUGAUUUAGUCUGUGGUGAUAUACCAUUUGCUGAUGAUUUAUCAAUUAUUAAAUGUCAACUACAUUUUCCCAAUCAUAUUUCACCUGAAUGUGUACAAUUAAUUGAACAAUGUUUAUCAAUACGUUCAUCAGAACGACCAACACUUGAACAAUGUUUAAAAUCUGAAUGGCUUAAAUCUCCAUCAUCAAGAGAUUUAUGUUUAUCAUUAAUACCUCGACGACGUCGAGGACAAAAUUCUUUAUCAUCAAAAUCAACAAAUUCUUCAUCACGAGGAAACUCUCAUAAUAAUAAUAUAUAG